GAAGUAUUGAGAGAUCAAAAUGCGUGCAAGGAAAGCUGGUUUAAUUGCUUUGUUCGAUGUUGAUGGAACUCUUACAGCACCCAGGAAGGAAUGUACUCCAGAAAUGUUCAAAUUCAUGCAAGAACUUAGAACGGUUGUUACAAUUGGAGUUGUCGGAGGUUCUGAUCUUGUAAAGAUAUCAGAACAGCUUGGCAAUUCAGUUAUGAAUGAUUAUGAUUACGUUUUCUCUGAAAAUGGACUUGUAGCCCAUAAGGAUGGCAAGCUUAUCAGCAAACAGAACUUGAAGUCGUUUCUCAGAGAUGAGAAGCUCAAGGAAUUUAUCAACUUUACUCUUCGUUAUAUUGCUGAUUUGGAUAUUCCAAUAAAAAGAGGAACACUCAUUGAGUUCAGAAGUGGCAUGCUAAAUGUGUCGCCUAUUGGGGGAAACUGUAGUCAGGAAGAAAGGGAAGAAUUUGUUAAGUAUGAUAAGGUACAAAAGAUACGCGAAACAAUGAUAUCAGUGCUUAGAGGAAAGUUUGCACACCUUAAUCUCACCUUCUCCAUUGGAGACCAAAUAAGUUUCGAUGUUUUCCCCCAAGGCUGGGACAAGACUUAUUGUUUGAGAUACCUUGAAGAAUUUAAUGAAAUUCACUUUUUUGGAGACAAAACAUACAAGGGAGGAAAUGACCAUGAGAUCUACGAGUCUAAGAGAACUGUUGGUCACACAGUUACUAGCCCGGAGGAUACAGUGAAGCAGUGUUCUGUUCUAUUCCUCAGUAAGGAUAAUGGAAAUGGAAGUUGUUGAGCUUGUUGCAGUUUUUCAGUACAUGUACAAUUGUAUGCUUGUUAC